GUUAGUGUGCUUUCAGGUUUGCUUUUACUUAUAAUGUAGCUAUGCUUAUGAUCCUUGUAUGCCUGUACUUAUAAUCAAAAAUCUAUUUUCUUUCUCAGGAGUGUGGUGCUUUAGUGAGCUGUUUUUCAUAAAAGAGCCACAGGACAUAACUGUCACAAGGAAGGACCCAGUGGUUUUAGAUUGCCAUGCCCAUGGUGAAGUUCCUAUUACCAUUACAUGGCUGAAAAAUGGAGCAAAGGUUUCUGAAAAUGAAAGGAUCUACACUUUAUCCAAUGGCUCUUUAUACAUCAGUGAGGUGGAAGGAAAGAGAGGAGAACCAUCUGAUGAAGGAUUUUACCAGUGUUUAGCUCUGAACAAAUAUGGGGCCAUUCUCAGUCAAAAAGGUCAUCUCACAUUAGCAACUAUUACUGCAUUUGAAGUCCAACCGCUUUCAAUUGAAGUCCAAGAAGGAGGCGUUGCCCGAUUGUCCUGUAAAAUAACAGCAAACCCUCCUGCCAUCAUCACAUGGGAAGUAAAUAGAACAACUUUACCGUUAGCCAUGGACAGAAUAACUGCUUUACCAACAGGAGUUCUUCAGAUCUAUGGUGUUGAACAGAGAGAUGCCGGAAAUUAUCGAUGUGUUGCUACAACUAUAGCCAAUAGACGUAAAAGUGCUGAGGCAGUACUAACUGUUAUUCCAGCCUUGGACUUGAAGCUGUUCCACAAGCCAGCCAUUAUAGCUGGUCCCCAGAACAUUACAGCAUCUCUUCAUCAAACUGUCAUCUUGGAGUGUGUUGCCACAGGGAAUCCAAAGCCAAUCAUCUCUUGGAGCCGGUUAGACCAUAAGUCUAUUGAUGUCUUCAAUACCCGGGUCCUUGGAAAUGGGAACCUCAUGAUAUCUGAUGUGAAGGUGCAGCAUGCUGGAGUGUAUGUUUGUCGAGCCACUAUUCCAGGCACACGUAACUUCACGGUUGCAAUGGCAACUCUCACUGUGUUAGCGCCCCCUUCUUUUGUGGAAUGGCCCGAAAGUUUAACAAGGCCCAGAGCUGGGACAGCCCGUUUUGCCUGUCAGGCAGAAGGAAUUCCUGCACCCAAAAUAUCAUGGCUGAAAAAUGGGAGAAGGAUACACUCUAAUGGUAGAAUUAAAAUGUACAACAGUAAAUUGGUGAUCAAUCAGAUAAUUCCUGAAGAUGAUGCUAUUUAUCAGUGUAUGGCUGAAAAUAGCCAGGGCUCUAUCCUGUCCAGGGCCAGACUGACUGUAGUUAUGUCAGAAGACAGACCCAGUGCUCCCUAUAAUGUCCAUGCUGAAACUAUGUCCAGUUCAGCAAUCCUACUUGCUUGGGAGCGACCCCUCUAUAAUUCAGAUAAAGUGAUUGCAUACUCUGUGCACUACAUGAAAGCAGAAGGUUUAAAUAAUGAAGAAUAUCAAGUGGUUAUUGGAAAUGACACAACUCAUUACAUUAUUGAUGACUUGGAACCAGCUAGCAACUACACCUUUUAUAUUGUGGCUUACAUGCCCAUGGGAGCCAGUCAGAUGUCAGAUCAUGUGACUCAACACACCCUUGAAGAUGUUCCUUUGAGAGCUCCUGAAAUUAGUUUGACAAGUCGAAGUCCUACAGAUAUUCUGAUUUCCUGGCUGCCAAUACCAGCCAAAUACAGACGAGGCCAAGUGGUCCUGUACCGUUUGUCUUACCGCCUCAGCACAGAGAGCGCUAUCCAAGUUGUAGAGCUUCCAGGGACUGCAAAUGAGCAUCUUCUGGAAGGCCUGAAGCCUGAUAGUGUCUACUUGGUUCGUAUUACUGCAGCGACAAGGAUAGGCUGGGGAGAAGCAUCUCUGUGGACCUCCCACCGGACUCCAAAAGCCACAAGUGUGAAAGCGCCAAAGUCUCCUGAGUUGCGUUUGGAACCACUGAAUUGUACAACCAUAACAGUAAGGUGGCAGCAAGACUCUGAGGAAACGGCAACUAUUCAAGGGUACAAAUUAUACUAUAAGGAAGAAGGCCAACAGGAGAAUGGACCAAUUCUGUUGGAUGCCAAAGACCUUGAAUAUACCAUCAGUGGUUUGGAUCCUAGAAGAAAGUACCAUGUACGGCUGUUGGCUUAUAACAGCCUGGAAGAAGGUUACCAGGCAGACCAAACAGUCAGUACUCCAGGAUGUGUCUCUGUCCGUGAUCGUAUGGUACCACCACCACCACCGCCCCACCACCUGUAUGCCAAAGCUAACACUUCAUCUUCUAUCUUCCUCCACUGGGGAAAACCUGCGUUCACGUCUGCGCAAGUUGUCAAUUACACCAUCCGUUGUAACCCCGUGGGGCUGCAGAAUGCAUCUCUAGUCCUCUACCUUCAAACGUCAGAAACUCACAUGUUGGUCCAAGGUCUAGAGCCGAAAACAAUGUAUGAGUUUGCAGUUCGAUUGCAUGUGGAUCAGCUGUCUAGUCCCUGGAGUCCUGUAGUUUACCAUACCACACUUCCAGAAGCUCCAUCUGGCCCUCCAGUUGGCGUGAAGGUGACUUUGAUAGAAGAUGAUACUGCUUUGGUUUCCUGGAAGCCCCCUGAUGGUCCUGAAACUGUUGUUACUCGCUAUACUAUCCUCUAUGCAUCCAGAAAGGCUUGGAUUGCUGGAGAAUGGCAAGUGCUACACAAAGAAGGAGCAAUAACUAUGGCUUUGCUGGAGAAUCUUGUGGCUGGUAAUGUCUACCUUGUUAAAAUAGCAGCAUCCAAUGAGGUGGGAGAAGGACCUUUUUCGAAUGCAGUGGAACUUGCUGUCCUACCAAAGGAGACAUCAGAGUCCAAUCAGAGACCUAAACGUUUAGAUUCGGCAGAUGCCACAGCUUAUUCUGGCUAUUAUCACUUGGACCAGAAAUCAAUGACUGGCAUUGUUGUUGGAGUGUGUAUAGCCCUGACCUGUAUUCUUAUCUGCAUCCUGAUUUUGAUCUACCGCAGUAAAGCCAGGAAAACAUCUGCUCCUAAACCUGUGCAGCAAGGUAGUGACCAGCUAUCACAUACCAGCAUCUCGUUAGCCAGUGCUAAUGAGGCAGGGAAAAGUAUUGAAGGAAUUGCAGAGAAUGAAGAAUCCUUACUGCCAAUGAUAGUGGGGAACAACUUCCUUGAUGCUAAGGGGGGGACUGAUCUGAUUAUUAACAGUUACGGCCCUGUCACAAAGACCAGCUACAAGAAAAGGUGGCUAUUCUUCCAAGAUUCAAAGAAGGUGAAGACGGAGGAGCCUCAAAGAAGAUUUGUCCAAGCUGUGUGCUUAUAUCAGCCAGGCACUACUGUGCUCCUCAGUGAAGAUGACUCCCCCAAUUCCCCAGGCCAGCAAUCUAAUUUCCAGGUGCCAUUCAGUAUUGUAGCUGAUACAGAGCAUUCAGCAAACAGUGAAGGAAGCCAUGAGACAGGAGACUCUGGAAGAUUCUCACAUGAGUCCAACGAUGAAAUACAUCUUUCUUCUGUUAUAAGUACCACCCCACCCACAUCUGGUUCUUUUGUAGGCAGUGACUCAGGUGUGAAUGUGAACCCUGUCUUGAGUAACUGCAGAGAGCCUCCUGUGCCAUUAGCUACUGAUCACAGUCCUACCUCAUCUCUUCAGAAACAGUCCACGGCACAAAAUUGACAUACCCAUCCUGAUAGUCAUGCCAGACAUCCUUGCUGUGUAUGUCUGUUCGAAGGACAAUGAACAGGGAGCCAAAGUUUAUUGUGGGAAGCCUGACAACCCAUCAGGUGAUCCCAUAUUUCUGGUGAAUGUGUUUUGGUUUUGUUUGUAUUUUUUUUAAACUCACUCAUUUUGAAUGUUCAAUGGGUAACAAUGUGAAAGGACAGUGAAGAUUUCUGACCAGAGUAAAAAAAUUAUCACUGGAGCAAAGGGAAGGCUGUUGGCCCCUUUGCUGAAUAUCUACCUCAGUUUGCCAAGUGGUGAACUCUGAACAACUGCUUUACCUCAUUUUUGUUUAUAGUUGGUUUCAGCUACAUAACAGAUGAUACUUCCUAGUAGUUUUUUUUUUCUUUUUUGGCUGUGUGUGUGUGCUUUUUGUGUGUGUGUGCAUGAGUGAUCAAAGGAGUUGUAUAGGUAGAUGAACAACUGUUUAGCUGAAGCUCUGACUUUAAAAAGAGGGAACCCUGGGAGGAUAAAAUAUGAAUCAACUCCAUGGACGUAAGAUUUAAAUGAGGAAAAUAAUGGGACUGUUAUGCAUCAGUAUGGGAUUAAUGGAGUAUAUUCUUUAAAAGAUAACACUAGAUACCCAUAACGAGUUUUUUAAAAGUAACUGGACAUGCCUUUUGGGCCUUUUGAUUGUUAUAGCCUCAAAAGCCCCAGUCUGCCUAGGACAGUGCCUUUUCCAUACAAUCUUGUUCCAGCCAUUGCUUUCAGGAUGUAUACUACAUUCAUAGGGCCCUAGGAUAUGCUGGGUUCCCUACAAAAUUAUAACAUUGCCCCUUUAUUGGAGAUUAAAUGCUAGAAAGCUUAGUGAAAUGAAUUAGAAUUCAGCUUUCCAGUCAGCUUGGAACAAAGUGAAAAAUGUCUAAAAGAAUACACACAAUAGACAGUAAUGCUAAAUAUUCCAGUACCCUAGUACUUCAUAGCAACGGUGCCUUUCAUUAUAUAUUAUAAAAUUACUGCUUUGCCUUAUGCCUUCUUAAUAUUCAUAAAGUUGCUUCGGAGUACAAAAAGUUGCCUUAAAUGCUUCUUAGAACUUAUGGAUAAAUUGUAUUGUCAGGUCAGCAUCCAUAGUUCAUUUUUACCUAGUGUUUGAGUGCCAAUAAGUGUUUGUAGCACUGCAGCAUGUCUCAGAGCUGUUGUUAAAAUGCAGUCCUAUUUGUUGCCUCGUCUAGGAUGCUAUCAGUGAAAAAAAUUAGCUCAGGGAGUGACUUUACCUACAUGCCAAUCUAAAAUUCUUAAUUGGGUCUUAGUAGGUGCAACUACAUGUUCAUUAAUGCGCAGUAGUUACUGUGCAUUUAGUUUAGUACUUGCUUAAUGAAGUACCAACUAAAUAAGCAGUAGCUACAGUUACUGUGCAGUCGCGCCAGCGUGCACAGGUUUUUUGUGACACUGCACAGUAGCAUAUUAGCACGGUUUUUGACCGGCACACUACCGCGCAGUGUUAUAAGGCUACUAUACAAUAAACAUCUCAUGUAGAUGCGCCCAGUGACAGUGAAAAAGCCAGAGCUUUAGCUGAAGAGUCUGUGAAAGGGUGAAUGUUGCUAUUGCCUUGUACCCAUACAAUUCCUGUUUUAUACUACCUCCUUUUAAAGUUAUUCUAGUGUUAUUUUUUUUCCUGUACUCAGGGAACAGUUUGUUACUUUUGAGCUGCCUCAGAAGUGUGGGGCAAACUGACAGGGUAUCAUGUUUUUUGUUUUUAAUAGGAGAGAGAGAGAGAGAGAGGCCGAAUUCAUCUAGUGUUAUAAAGUAGUUCAUGUAUAGGUUUCUCUCCCUGCCCCCAUUCAUUUAAAUGGAAAAGAGAAAGGAAAAGAAAAGAAAAUUUGGCAUAUGUUUUUAGUUUUCAAAAUUUGAAAAAUGUAAAGUUGUAAAAUACAUCUCGAGUCAAAACCUGGCUCCAUUUAAGUUCAUAUCAAAGUCCCAUCCACUUCAGUGGGGCCAAGAUUUCAACUUAGAUGUGGUCUAAAUGACUUUGGGUGGUUACUUUGGGUCAAAAGUAAUCUAUAAGCCCUAGUCUCACCUGCUUUUAUUUUCAUGAAUCGGCCUGUAGUUACUGUAGAUCUUUUGCUUAUAACUGUUUGCUAGUUCUGUACCAAACAGUGUGUUCACCUUUUCAUAAUAUUGUUGAUUCAAAGGCUUUAAAAUAAUAAUCUUCUACCAAAGAAUUUUCUGUAGGAAAAAGAAAGCUGCAUAUUUUCCAAAAGAAAGUAAUAAUAAUUGAACUAGUUGAAAACUAUAGGUUUGAAGAGCUGAAUACAUUUUAUUGUAUAAGUAGUUACUAAUCAAAAACAAUAGGGCUUCUAUUGAUUGUAGUAGUUGAUUACAUAGAUUAGCUGUAUGCUUCUACAAUUGUUAACUACCUUAUUGUUACAAAAGCCUUUAAAGAAAAUUGUAAUAACGUCUUACCAGCAGAUAUCUCCAAAGAUUUCCACGUGUAAAAUUUUCCUUUCUUCAGCAUGUAGUUCUUCAACAUUACAGUAUUAGAUAAAAUAUUUUUGAACAGUUUUUAUCUACUUGCUGAAGGAAAAAAAACCUUCUCACCAAAGAUUUAUUUUUGGUCGCAUCAGGCAAAUAGUUUAAUGUACAGCAAAAUACUGUUCCUAGUUAAAGUAAAGUAUGAAUUCAUCGAAACUAGGUAAGAAUGUGUAACCAUAGUAUGAAGUUUCAUACUUCAUCGUUCAGAUUAGUUUCAUUUCUUAGUGUUUCACUCAAAAAGGGCUGAUAUGCAAAGGGUAACUAUUUUCUUCUCCAAAGAUUUGUUUGCUGUAAGUACUGAUACACUGAUAUAAGUUUUUAUGCCUACAAAUGAGCAUGCUAUUCCUCAACUACUUCUGCCAAAGACCUGCUACAGAAGUUAACUUAUGGCUAAUUAGAGGGGUAGAUUUUUCUAUUCUAUUUGUCUGUCUGCUAGAGAGAUGAAAAAACUUACUUAAAGCAGUACAUCCAUAAUGCUGUUUAUCAAAGUACUUUUUAUCAGCAAAUGAAGAAAACCAAAGAUAUUUAAGGUUACCUCAGCAUAUAAGCAAACUUAGUUAGGUAUUAAAUUGUUCCAUUUCAUUUGCUUUGUCUUUGUUAACCAAAUAUAAUGUGCAUCUCCAGAACCCAGUUCACACUCAUCUACUCGCCUUUAUCAUAACUAAUCCAGAGCCAUUUACUUUGUUACUGUGGGGGAAAAAAUGAUCCUAACAAAGAUCUAUGGCUUAAUUUAAGCUUCAUCUCAAAAGUAAAAUUCUGUUGAGAACUACUUUUCUUAUGAUUCAGAAGAAGCCCAGUGUGGGCAAAGUAAUUUCUACGCAAACUGUAUAUGCAUCAGAACUGUUCGCAUUAAAAUCAAUAGCAGAACUGCCAUUUAGCCCACUGGGUGCAGAACCAAGUGCAAAGGGCAAAUGUUCUCUUAUCCUUCAGGUUAAAGUGUCUAAUAAAGGUGCGAUAUUAUUGAUUCAGGCCAUUAUUUUGACAGCUGAGGGUAUGAACUUUUAAAGAAAUUUCAGUUUUUGUAUGCAAGGUUUAUCCUUACCAUUUGCCAUAGAAAUACCCAAUGAAACUUCAUGGGCAGAACAAUCACAGGUUACCCAGCAUUUUCUCUUGGUUGUGUCCUGGGUACUGGAGAUAAGAAAACACUAUCCAUUGUCUAAUUAUGAAUUUUACUGAAUAUGUUUCGGAAGAGGAACAAAAAUAAGGAAUUUCGUUUAUACCAUAUGAAUUAAUUUUGUUAAAUUUAUUAAGAACUAAAGCACCACGGCUGAUGUAAUGACUGUAUGUGUAAUCCUCAUACAUUUUUUUUUUUAAAGACAAAAACAGUUGAUGUGACUUGAAAAGGUUAAGCAUACAAAUGUUCAGGAGAAGAUCCAGAAGUUGAUUGCUGGGUUUACUAAAUUUCCAAGUUAGCGCUCACAUUGCCCUUCCAGCAGCAAUGCUGAUGUCUAUGUUCUGGAAAUAAAUCCAAAGCCCUAGCUGCUGGUUUGAUUCCUUCCCCCCCCCGGUCCAUUUCAUGAGCUCUGUGUGUUUUUCAAUGUCCCAGCAUGGUCUAAGCUGAGUGGUAAAUGCUUUCCGCUUGCAUUUCAACUGAACUUCUUUUUUAUAGAUCUGUUUUUGUUAACAUAUGUAACUGACAACGUUUACUGACUUUUUGCUCCCUAAACUUAGGGGAUUGCAACAAUAAGAAAGUAUUAUGAGGUUUCCUCACCUAUUUAUAUUAUAUGUGACACUCCUGGCUUGUUCUGUGGUUUUAUCCCAUUGCUUCUUGUUUGCCUCACUCAGAUAGGUGCUCAUCCUGCUUGCACUGAAGUCAGUGGCAGGAUCCCCAUUCAUUUCAUGGGUGCAGGGUCAGGCCAA